AUGUCGACGCUGUAUACAUUAGUUCACAGUGAUAUCCCUACCGGACGUCAGGCGUUGCGGGACAGUCACGCAAAUUUGGAAAGAAUUGCUGAUUACUGCGAACAAAACUAUGUUGAGUCAAAUGACAAGAUGGCUGCCUUGGAAGAAACCAAAAGUUACACAACCCAGUCCUUAGCCAGUGUAGCGUACCAAAUCAAUACGUUAGCAACCAAUAUGUUACAAAUGCUGGAUUUACAAGCAACACAAAUGGCACAUCUUGAAUCUGACGGUAACAUCUUAGCUCAUGCUGUCAAUAUACAUAAAGAAGAGGUAGCAAAUCGAGCAAUUAAAACCAUGGCAACGAAGAGUAGUAUCACACGUACACAGAGAAUUGUUUUCCCAUCUGUUCGAGAAGCAUCUAUUAAAUAUUCUCGGAAACCAAUUGACCAAUCGCGACUAGACGAUAUUGGUCAUGGUGUGAAAGUAUCAUGUGAGAUCACGAGCAACACAGUUACCGACAACGUGAAAGGAAGCUCAGCUACUGGUGCAUCCGACAAAGAAUCACGCCCAGCGCCAAAACCACUGACGUCAACUAGCAACAGUGGUUUUCCUUCUGUUGAUAUACCGCCGCCACCGCCACCGCCGCCACCACCAACACCCACAACAAUAUCAACGACCCAUGCAUCUUCUCCUGGUGUGGUGGGAAGCAACCCUUCCAAUGCACCAAUACCGCCUCCCCCACCUCCCCCACCACCACCACCACCACUACCAGGGCAGUCACAACCACAACAACCCAUACCUUCACCAUCAACACCACAAUCACAACGAUUGUCAGAUUCGGGAACAGAAGAGAGUCAGUAUGCCCCAAGUAUGGCUGAUUUAUCAAAACGAAAAGAACAACGAUCUUCCCACCGAGCAGUGCCUCCAAAGGCGGUCAUUUCAGACACACGGAGAAUUUCUGGAGCAGAGAUAAAAGAACCGUCAUCAGAGUAUACGCUCUCAGACUUAGAAACUUUACCCCCGCCAAUGCCCGACCUCUUCUCUGUAAGACAAAGCACUUCUUCAUUUGCAGAAGUGGAACUGCCUCUUCCACCUUCGCCGCAGCAACGUUAUUCAUCCCAGCCAGGGGAAUAUGAUGCGGCACCCUUGCCUGCUCCUCCUGUAGAUACCAAUUGGCUCCCGCGGCUGUCAUCAAUUCAUAUGGAAAAAGUAAAGGCUACCUACGAUUAUGAAAAAAGAGAAGACGACGAGUUGUCUUUUAAAGAGGGAGAUAUUAUCUCUGUAAUCGAUACUACCGAUGCAAAUUGGUUAUCAGGUUUCUAG